AUGAAGUGUGUCUAUUUCUUUGUGAUUUUCACUAUUGGAGUGUAUCUCGUGAAUGGAGAUGAAAAUCCUGGAUUUUUUCUCAAAAUCACCAAAAAUGUCCCACGAAUUGGACGUAGAUCCCUCCCAACAACAUCCGAAGUGGACAAUUUCUUCUUCAAAGGCCUUAAGAAUGUCCCCCGAAUGGGACGAAGAAAUGAUCUUCUGAUGGAUGAUCCUCUUCAGGAAACAGAGAGAAUCUCCAAACGAGCACCUCCGCAGAAAAACUACAAUAACGUCCAACCCUUCGAUCUCAGGAUUCUCUUUGAUCUCCUAACUGAUGACUAUUCUGACCUGAAAUUCGUAUCGUGGAAGGACUUUGAUGAAGCCCUCGAAGCAGAUACUGAUCUCUUUGAAAAGCUGGCUCAGGUUGCCAAAGAAAGGGGCUCUCCGGAAUGGAAAACUCACAUGAAAACCAACAAUUUUGUGUCUUUUCUUCCGGGAAAAGGCAAUAGGCACACAAUUGAUGAUCUUCUCUAUCGAAAUGAACGUCCCUCAUCCUCAUAUGGAGACAACAAUUUGGUAGAUGACUCCAGAAAAGACCUCGACAGAGAAUUUUUCUAA